AUGGAGCGGUCUCUGGAAUCGGCCAACAGGUCCAGCAGCCAUGGCUUUAUCCUGCUGGGCUUGUCCACCAGGCUGGGCGUCAGGGACGUCCUGUUUGCCAUCUUCCUGGCUCUCUACCUGCUGACCCUCCUGGAGAACGCAGUCAUCGUCUCCCUCAUCUGCAGCCACAGCGAGCUCCGCAAGCCCAUGUACUUCUUCCUGGGCAACCUCAGCUGCCUGGAGAUGUGCUACGUGUCCGUCACCAUGCCCAGCCUGCUGGCGGGGCUGAGCGCCAGUCCCUGCCGCAUGUCCUUCUCAGCCUGCAUAGCGCAGCUAUUUCUGUUCAUCUCCCUCAUCUGCACCAAGUGCACCCUCCUGGCCUCCAUGGCCUAUGACCGCUACGUGGCCAUCUGCCGCCCUCUGCACUACCCGCUGCUCAUGAGGCCCCAGGUCUGCAGGGGCUUAGCCCUGAGCUCCUGGCUGGGGGGGCUGCUGGUCUCGGUGGUCAAGACCUCGUGCAUCGCCAGCCUGUCCUACUGUGGCCCCAACGUGCUCAACCACUUCUUCUGCGACGUCUCCCCUCUGCUCAACCUGUCCUGCACCCACGUGGCCCUCACGGAGCUGGUGGACUUCAUCUCCGCCGUGGGCAUCUUCUGCGGGUCUCUCCUGGUGGCGCUGGCCUCCUACGCAGCCAUCGGUAGGGCGGUGCUGCGCAUGCCCUCGGCCGCCGCAAGCCGCAAGGCCCUCUCCACCUGCGCCUCGCACCUGGUGGUGAUGGGCGUCUUCUACGCGGCCGUCCUCUUCAUGUAUUCCCGGCCCGGCCGCGUCGAGUCCUCAGACCUCAACAAGGUGCUGUCUGUGGUCUACACGGUGGUCACGCCCGCCUGCAGCCCCAUAGUCUACUGCCUGCGCAACCGGGCCGUGCGCACCGUGAUGCAGCGGGUCCUGCGCCCCCGCCUAGUCUCACCGGAACUGCCGCCCGCUGCCCAAUGGAAGCGCCAGGUCAAGAGCGCGGGUGGAGGUUUCUAG